AGAAUAAUACGUCACAGGUCACAUGAUCAGAAGUUAUGGUGGACAAAAUAGUGAUUGCCAAACACCAUAUCUAUGCCACUGCUCUCUGACGUCGCCAGUAAUCAAAACAAGUUUGCAUGAUAAUUAUAUAAUGGGAGAGGCUGCAUCAGCUGCAUCUGCAAACCCCCAGUUUUCACAGCUUAAAGUGACAGUCAACUCGGCCAAGAUCACAGGUAGUGGUGGUGUUUUUUCCUCUAAACCGGACCCUUUCGUCGAAAUCUGCGUCGAUAGUCAGCCGUCAAGAAAGACUGAUGCCCAGAAAAAGACGACAAAUCCAAAAUGGGAUGAUGAUUUCACUUUGUUGGUCACCCCCUACUCCCGACUAGAUGUGAGGGUACAGAGUCAGAACACCAUCAGGGCCCCCACCCUGCUGGGUCAGAGCUCUAUUGAGCUGUACAAUAUUCUGCUGGAAAACCAGGGAAAAUUAAAUGACCUGACCAAGUCUUUUGAAAUCAAACUGGAUGCCAAAGGGAAAACUGGAGAAGUCAGUCUCAGUUUUAAUGGAAUGGAUGUGAAUAUGACACGGUUUCCAAAGAGAAACGAAAGAAGGCAGACCAAUGCUAGUCGUAAUGACAAGAAAAGUAGAGGACAAGUGCCUAACAAUUCCAAUGCAUCGGGCUCCAGGAAUCGCAGGGCCCCUCCAGUUCCUCCCGCCCCCAAGAGAACCACCCAAUCAGGAGGGUCGGCCAGCGCCAUUGGGGCCACUGCUUCUGCUGCAGCAAGUUCUUCAGGUACAACAACUCCAGUGGCACAACAGAAUGGGACAGUACCCGCCACCAAUGGAACGGGAGGAGCCACCCAUUCAGACGAGUCUGAUGGACAGACGGGGCCAGCGGGUCACCCCACACAGGCCCAGCAAAAUCAGUCCAACAGCACUGAGCCCCUCCCAGCAGGUUGGGAGAUGAGAACUGAUGCCCAUGGUCGUUCUUACUAUGUUGAUCACAACACUCGAACUACAACUUGGGAGAGACCCCAACCUCUUCCUCCAGGCUGGGAGAGGCGAGUGGACCCGCGAGGCCGUGUUUACUAUGUGGAUCACAACACCCGCACCACGACCUGGCAGAGACCCAACACUGACAUGUUAAACAACUACAGCGCGUGGCAGGACCACCGCAACAACCGCAACAUUCAGCUGGAGCACCUACAGAACCGGUUUCUGUUCCCCAAUCCACAACAGGUCACUCCAGAUAAUGACCCUCUGGGCUCUCUACCGGAAGGAUGGGAGAAACGUAUAGAUCCCAAUGGGCGUGUGUACUUUGUCAACCACAAAAACAGAACAACACAGUGGGAAGAUCCUAGGACACAAGGAAUUGUCCAGGAGGACCCCCUGCCUGAGGGGUGGGAGAUGAGGUAUACAGCCGACGGUGUCCGGUACUUUGUAGACCACAACACAAAGACCACAACAUUCCAGGACCCGCGGGGCGGCCAGGGCAAAGGACCAAAAGGAGCCUAUGGAGUGCCUUUACAGUAUGAGAGAAGUUUCCGAUGGAAACUCGGACAGUUCCGAUACCUCUGUACCUCCAAUGCCCUGCCAGGUCAUGUAAAAAUCACAGUGUCGAGGGACAAUUUGUUUGAAGACUCGUUUCAACAAAUUAUGAGACUGCAACCCUUUGAUUUGCGGCGGAGAUUGUACAUUAUAUUCAAGGGAGAAGAGGGUUUAGAUUAUGGUGGAGUAGCAAGGGAGUGGUUUUUCCACCUGUCUCACGAUGUCCUCAAUCCCAUGUACUGCCUGUUUGAAUAUGCCAGUACCAGUAACUACUGUCUGCAGAUUAACGCAGCCUCGAGCGUCAAUCCCGACCACCUCGUGUACUUCCGGUUCAUCGGCAGAUUCAUUGCAAUGGCACUCUAUCAUGGAAAGUUCAUUGAUAGCGGCUUUACCCUGCCCUUCUACAAGAGGAUGUUGAGCAAAAAAUUGUACUUGAAGGACAUAGAAACGAUCGAUCCUGAAUUUUACAACUCCCUUGUGUGGAUAAGGGAUAACAACAUAGAGGAGUGUGGGUUAGAGUUGUUCUUUACCGCAGACUUUGAAGUCCUGGGGAAAGUGGAGCAGCAUGAUCUGAAAGAGGGGGGCUCUGAAAUCAAGGUCACAGAGGAAAACAAGGAGGAAUACAUCGAUUUGAUGACUAAUUGGAGAUUCUCAAGAGGGGUGGAGGAGCAAUCAAAGGCUUUCCUGGACGGCUUCAGUGAGGUGGUCCCGCUUCAGUGGCUUCAGUACUUUGAUGAGAGGGAGCUGGAGCUGAUGUUGUGUGGUAUGCAAGAAAUGGAUGUGGAUGACUGGGAGAGGAACACGAUUUACAGGCAUUACCAGAGGAACUCCAAACAGGUCAUGUGGUUCUGGAAGUUUGUGAGGGAAAUUGACAACGAGAAGAAGAUUCGUCUAUUACAGUUUGUCACUGGAACUUGUCGACUCCCAGUAGGGGGUUUUGCAGAAUUGAUGGGGAGCAAUGGUCCACAGAGAUUUUGUAUAGAAAAAGUGGGCAAGGAAACCUGGCUUCCCAGGAGUCACACCUGCUUCAAUAGACUAGACUUACCUCCUUAUAGAAGUUAUGAACAAUUAGUGGAAAAAUUAACGAUGGCAAUUGAAGAGACAGAGGGUUUCGGGCAGGAGUAACAGCAGCUGUUUGUGGGACUUUGUGGCAGAGUCUUUCAGAUCAGACCUGGACUGUGUGCCUCGGGUCACAUUGAUAUUGGACUUUAUUAUGUUCUGUGAUCUUUAUCCCCCCUUUUCAAUUCUAUCAACAGAAACAAAACAAGAUUCUUUUUAGAUGGUUAUUUGUUGUGAAAAUUUUCAUGUUUCUGUUUGGUAUUUUCGUUUUUGUUUAUAUAUUCAUUUUAAAAUGUUUAUCAACUUUUUUUUUUGGACUUUAUUUGAAUCAUGAUUGUGAUGUCUGCAAUUAGUUUGAUGAAACUUGUGGAAUAUUUGUGGCUUUGGAAAAAAACUUUUUUCCUGUGAAUCGGAAUAAGGAAGUAUGUGAAAUGUACAUUAUGACUUACGUCAAAGACAAGACAUUAUUGGGGACAGGAGGGUAAGAUGAUACAGAUGUAUAAAUUACAAAUAUUGAUAUGUGAGGCUCGAGCUUUGCUCAAAGAUUUGCCUGGAAACUGUCCUGUCAGCAGUAAUGGGAACUUUCCUCUCUGCAGUUACGCUUUUUACAUGUAUUUGCAAAUGGAGCAUUUUAUAAAUGCUCUGCAUCGUCUGUGAUACGUCAAAAACCAUGCAGUUGGUCAUUGACUUUGUGUUGCAGAUUUUUAUUGGGGGGGGGGGGGAUAGUUUAGAAGAAUUGAGUUAAGUAAAUUUACUGAAAUAGGCUUCAAAUGGAUACCAUAAUUAUAAGGGAAAAUUCAGUUACAGUUUCACUAUAGCUACCAGUAUAUACAUGUAUUUAUCUUUUUGUAUUUUGAGGUACAUUUUGAAAAAAUUGUAAGUUACGUUUGGUUCAGUAUGUUUCUUGUGGGAACAAUUUGUCGCAGAUGGAUUCCCUGGUUAACAUGCAGCAGUCUCAAGGCUAGUAAGAAAACAGCAUUUUAACUUUCCCAAUGUUGUGUGCAUGUGGUGUCUGGGUAUUUUCUUUAGGCGCUUGACCCCCAUUUAGAGCAGGGAUUCAUUAUCUAUAUAGCAACUCAUUCCACAUUUUUUUUUCACACAGUCAUUCUGUUUCACCAGUUAAGAGAUUAAUUUGUGAAUUAUUUUAAUUUGUAAUGAGUUUUUGUUUUCAUAAUAAAAGACAAGUUAUCUAACCCUGGUACUCGGAAGAUAAUGCAUGGACUCCAUUCUCUCUCUAUGUAUUGCAAUGGUUCACAGCUUAUCUGAGGAUUAAGUGAGGUUUUCAUAUUAUGGAACAGUCAGCUUUGUAAGAAUUCACAUAGCUAGCGUCUUCCACCACAGAAAUUGGCAGAAUCCCAAAGACUUACACAGACAAUUUGAAUUGAAAUACUGUAAAUCAUUGUAAAAUUUAAUGUAUAUCAUAUUCAAAAAUUACAUAUCCUUCUAAUAGUCAGAGGCAUAGGCCCAUGUAUCGUUCUAAAACAAGUUUUCUUUUAUUAAAAGGCAUGUAUGUGUUCUGAAUGUGUGAAAAAUCAAUUCUUGUUGCAAAUGCAUCAGAUCUUGUUGUCCCUUGUUGUUAUCAUUUGUAUUGCAAUAUUGUCUGUUUUCAUUGAUAUAAUUGAUGUAAAAAAAAAAAAAAGAAAGAUUAUUUUAUAUGUAUUAUUUAUUGCAGGCUACUAUGUCCAUCUAUCAUGUUAUAGAAACACUUGAUUAUCUUCUCACUCGAAUACACUUCUGUUUAUAUAGACACAAGAAUAGUCCAUCUUGUUGUUGGUCGUGGUGUAUUUGAGAAUAUGGUUAUACUGCGAGUAUUGAUGUUAUUAUCAUGCAUAUACAGAAAUAUAAGUAAUCCUUUUAAUUCGGCGUGUGUUUGCUUCCCUUUGAUUUAAUUACCAACAAUUUGACCUUCUUAUAGUAUACUUUAUAUUGUUUUUAUGAUUAAAAAAAAAGAUUGUUGAAAUAAAAUGAUGCAGAGAUUGUA